GUUGACUUGCAGUGUGAGUGACGAGAUUAUCGGGUUGUUAUUAUUAUCUGCAAGACUACCAGCAUACAAAAUACAGUAAAGGAGUGCUACUGGGAUUUGCUCUGAUUUGGUACUGGAUAUAUCGUCACUCCGCUCAACAGCAUGGACCAAGUGACCCCACUGUCAUCAGGCUAUCGCUGUCUUAAGAGACAGGCAGCUCUGGAGCUGUUCGACGACCCCAUGUCUCUGUUCUCCGGGUAUUACCCAACGCUGGAGGUAGAGCAGGCGGCUCAGGAAGUCCCGUCGGGUCUGGAGUGCACUCCACAAGACCUGGGACUAUGCUCCGUGCCUCUGCUAACCCCCUGCAGUAAAGCUGUGAUGAGCCAGGCUUUAAAGGACAGUUUCAAUGGCUUCUCCAAAGUGCAGCGUGUCUGUGGCAUCUCCAAUAAUCCAAGGAAAUGGAGCAAGCAGCACGUCCAGCAGUGGCUGCACUGGGUCUCCAGCGAGUUCAGCCUGACCACUGUGAACUUCUUUAGGUUCGAUAUGAGCGGCCAGGAACUGUGCGACCUGGGAAAGGAUGGCUUUUUAGAUUUAGCCCCGGAUUUUGUGGGUGAUAUUCUUUGGGAGCAUCUGGAUCAGAUGAUGAGAGAAUGUCAGGAGAGGAGUGAGGCCAAAAUGCUCUCCCAGAAUACUCCCGCUGAAACAAAGAUGAGCAACGGCCCUGCUGGUUUCAGUCUGGAUGACACACAAUGUGUGCUGCAGGCAUCAGACAGGACUAGCAGCCUUCUGAGGGAACUCUUUGAGGCUUCAGAUAGUCCCACUCAGCUGAUUUCUGAGCCCGACUACUCUAUGUUCCCUAAACCUCAGCUGAGCACAGUGAACGUCAGCUACAUCAGCCAGGAGUUCCCCACCAGCAAAGCGGCACCACGCCUUAACACGCACUUUUCCUCCCACGAGCAGACGUCUCUGGAAAGCGUGGACAGUGUGGACGGUUCAGAGCGGACCCUGCGCUCCUGGGGUAGUCAGUCGUCCCUGGCCGAUGCCCAGCGCGUGCCAUCGUACGACAGCUUCGAUGACGAGUACAGCGGAGUGCCGGUGAGCCUGGGCAAGCAGGGGUUGUCCUUCAAAGACUACAUACAGGAGAGAAAUGAGCCACUGGAGCAGGGUAAACCGGUCAUCCCUGCCGCCGUGCUGGCUGGAUUCACCGGAAGUGGUCCUAUCCAGCUGUGGCAGUUUUUGCUGGAGCUUCUGACCGACACGACCUGCCAAAGCAUCAUUAGCUGGACGGGAGAUGGCUGGGAGUUUAAACUUACCGACCCUGACGAGGUGGCUCGGCGUUGGGGUCGACGCAAGAACAAGCCCAAGAUGAACUACGAGAAGCUAAGCCGUGGCCUACGCUACUAUUACGACAAGAACAUCAUCCACAAAACAGCUGGCAAACGCUACGUCUACCGCUUUGUCUGUGAUCUGCAGAACCUGCUGGGCUACACUGCCGAGGAGCUGCACGGCAUGCUGGGAGUGCAGCCCGAUACCGAGGACUGAAUUGAGCCAAUGCACUAGGAGGGGUGCGCUUGACGGAUAGGGGGAAAUGCUCCAGAUUUCCACUGUUACAGUCCAGGCUUUUUAAAGGUCCGCGGCCUGAAUCGGCAGCAGCGCCAGAGCUGCUCUUGAACCAAGAUAAAGUGCAGCUUUCUUUUCCCAGGGCUGGGACACCCGCUCUGGUUCUUCACGUCUGCCAUGUUUCAGUCUGACAGGGCUUCUGAAUGUGACAAAACAGCAACAGGCUUCCUCUGUCCUGAGGAAGUGGUAUCUUUCUUCAUCAAUGUGGAUCAUUUUUAUUGCUUCAAUCAGCAGAACUGGUAGCAAGGGCUUAAAAAGAGUGUGUUUACACCAACAGAGUGCCAAGUGGGCAUUUCUUUACGGCCAGAAUGCUUUAAGACUUGUUAUAUGACGAGAGACGUUGCCUUCGUUGGUUUGCUAAGUGCUUUAACCUGCAGCCUUGCACGCUUCCUAUGCUAAACUACUAUCAACUGAAAACAGCCACGUAUGAACUGUAGGAUUAUGUGUCUCAUUAUUAUUGGUCUAAUGCUGAGCUGUAUUUGAAUAGACCACAUUGUAAUUAAAUACAGUAUAUUAUUUAUUAAAGUAGGACAUGUCGUGUCUGCAAAAGCCAAAGUGACAUUCUUAUGACAGUAUUUAAAGCUGCAGUAUGUAACUUUUGGAGACGCAGAUUAGAUUGUAUUGCGAUUUAUUCUGUCAAUUAAACUGUUAUCUGCAAGUGCUUGGUCAAACACAGUCAUGUACUAUGGCUGGACUACAUUUGAUUUCACUAGUCUGUAUUGUAAUUAAUAUUUCUGAUGUUUUUUCUUUACUAAUUUAUAAAAAAUACUACUGCAGCUUUAAGGUCAUGAUGUGAUUUUUGUAAUGAACUGCACUAGAAACAAUAGAAUAUACGAGAACAUGUAAGUACGAGUCUGUUAUAAGCUUUAUCGUGGCUUGUUUCACUGAUUUAAGUUUACUAUAUGUGGUUUAUUGUAUUUAUCUUUUUUUAGGUUCUAUUUAUAUAAAUCAAAGCCAUUCAGGUACUCAGAGGAUCGACAGAUGUUGAUUGUUGGAAUUUUUCUACUGGAUUGUUUUCUUAUGUACAGAGACUUUGAUACAUAAUUGUGUUUGAUACACUGACCUGCUGCUCCGAGCAUUAAGGGAUUAGAAACUGGUAUUAGAAACGCACACAGUGUGAGGAUACAUCGUCUGUUCUUUAAUCUGUUAUUCUGAGAUUCAUAUAAUUUAAUGGUUAUGAAUCUGAAUUAAAGGUGACACUGCAGACAGGGAAAAUGUUCCGAUGUUUGACUUUAUUUGUCUGUAAGUGAUUAAAAAUGAUGUGUGUACAAAAUCCAGACCAACAUUUUUGUCCUACAUGUUUAUAUAACCUAUUUUUCUACUUAAAUCACUUAAAUUGUUUGUGUUUGGUGGACUGAAUGUUGUCUGGACAGCUGAACAUGACAUUAUUAAAAUAAAAGGGAUUCAAUAUGAA